UUGGGUCAUUUUCAUUUCUCUUCUUCCUCAAUCGUCUCCAGCGAGGGAGGAGAGAUCAGUAGCAAAACCUAGAUGGUGCUUUGGUCAUAUCCACCGACGCGAAGACAAUUAGCCAUAACAGUCGGCUUUUUUAUCAUCGGAGCUUCAAUGAUUGCUUAUGGAGCUCACCUGUCACUGGUCAAUAUAGCCCCUCAACAAGAUCGAGCUAAAGCCCGUAGCGAUUAUAUCAAACAACGCGUUCGAAAGAUGCUCGAUGAUUAAUCCAAUAAGCCUGUGCUUUAUACAAUGCGGCUUGUUCAUCCGUUGGAUUUAGUGGUACAAAUCUUUUGCGUUCGUCAUAAACAACUAAUUCAUGAAUAAUUAAGCCACGUAUAGAAGAUUCGGGGAGUUUAUUAAACCGACCACUUUUGAAGAUCUAUCUGGCUUUUCAAGUUCAUCUUCCAACUUUGAUUAGGAUCUCUUGCUUAGAUCAGCGAACAUUAAUUAUUUUAGUUAUAAUAAUUUUGUUCUA